CGCUCGCAGGCAACCAACAACUCUCUCAAUACUCCCGUCUUCUUCUUCUUCUGCUUCUGCUUCUGCUUCUUCUGCUUCCUCUUCACCCUUCACGAGCUUCAACAUGCUCGGCAAUCUGGUGCCCACGCGCUGGCGGAGAUCCCACAACAUCACCGACCCCAAUAAGCCUGCCAAAUACAAUGCUGCGAUUACACCUUACUUGCAAACCGCUUCCCGGAAAGCAUGCACGCACCCCAUUCGAACGAUUGCCCUCGUUGCCAUUCUAGCCAGUGCCUUCUACGUUAAUCUGCUCGAAACGGGCUUCUUUCGCCCUCAGACCGCCGCCAACAAGGUCGACUUCAACGCGCUGUCGGCAGGGACGAGGAGGCUACAUUUGGGUCAGGAUACCGCGUGGCAGUGGCAGGUAGAAGAGAAUGGGAGUCCCAAGGUGUAUCGUGCGCGCGAAAAGGAGCUGGCGCUGGUGACAUUGGACUUUUUGGACACGGGAAAUGCAUCACCCAAGGCCGUGCCUUCGCCGCAGGAUUUCGAUGUGGAUGGGGUGGACUUGAACGUGCUGCCGCCGAGUGAGAAUAUCCUCUCUGGCCUCUCUUCUGCCCGCUCUCUGGUCUUCUCGCUGCCGCUGGACCAAGCUGCCUCUUUCCUGGAGCAUUCGAGGGAGAUUUCUGCCGAGGGAGGAUGGGAAACAGAUUCUAGCGCGUCGAAUGAUGAUGACGAGGAGGGAGAGCAGAAGAAAUGGCUCAUGACCAUGGCAAAGACACCCGCUGCAUCGGGCAGUGGCAGUAUGGUAGAAUGGGCGCAGAACUCGUGGAGCGCCUUUCUGGACCUAUUGAAGAAUGCUGAGACGCUGGAUAUCAUCAUCAUGACUCUGGGCUACCUUUCCAUGUACUUGACCUUUAUCAGCCUGUUCUUGAGUAUGCGCAGACUGGGCUCCAACUUUUGGCUCGGCACCACCACCCUCUUCUCUUCGGCUUUUGCCUUCCUCUUUGGACUACUGGUAACACUCAAACUAGGUGUUCCGGAGAACGUCGUCUUGCUAUCCGAGGGCAUCCCUUUCCUCGUCGUCACCGUCGGCUUCGAGAAACCCAUCAUGCUCACCCAAGCUGUUCUGUCCGCUUCUGUCCAAGCCAAGAAUAGCGCUGCCAACGGGGAGGGUCUCACGAUCCAGAACGCGGUCCAGAACGCUGUCCAGCAAGCCGUGCGAGAACGAGGAUUCGAGAUUGUCCGCGACUACGCCAUCGAGAUCGCCAUUCUGUGCGCUGGCGCUGCUUCGGGAAUCCAAGGAGGUCUCCGCCAAUUUUGCUUCCUGGCAGCAUGGACACUAUUCUUCGAUUGCAUCUUGCUCUUCACCUUCUACACUUCCAUCUUGACCAUCAAGCUGGAGAUUAACCGAAUCAAGCGUCACGUCGCUCUGCGCAAGGCCCUUGAGGAAGAUGGCGUCAGCCGCAGAGUCGCCGAGAAAGUGGCAUCGAGCAACGAGUGGCCCAAUGGAAACAAGCUGGGGGAUGCCGGUGACAACAACAACUGGAUCAACAUCUUCGGGAGAAAGGCUCGCGACAGUAGUGUUCCACGAUUCAAGCUUCUUAUGGUGACGGGAUUCAUUGCCAUCAACGUUGCGAAUCUGUGUACGAUGCCGUUCCGGGGACAUCGCCACCACGUGCCUCCUGUUACGACAGCUGGUCUAUCAAGCGUGGUAUCUUCGCCCCCUCAGGAUCCAUUCAAGGUAGCAGGAAACGGACUUGAUUUCCUACACCAGGAGGCACACCAAUCCGAGCAGCCGCUGAGUGUGACAGUGUUCAAUCCUAUCAAGUACGACCUGCAAUAUCCCUCGGUACAUUAUGCUGCUCUAUCGGAUGAUUGGACGAGUGUCAAUGGAGAUUUCCCACAGGGACUGUUCCAAGCCCUAGGAGGCAGAGUGGUCGAAAGCUUGCUCAAGAGCUUUGAAGACCCUGUUCUCAGCAAAUGGGUCAUCUCUCUUCUCGCAAUCAGCUUGGUCCUGAAUGGCUAUCUGUUUAAUGCUGCACGGUGGACGAUCAAAGAUCCCGGACAGGACGAUACCGACAGGGAGGAGGCAGUCACAGAGGCACCCAAGGCUAAUGGCCAUGUGCCGUCCCCUAUCAAGACUCACAAGCCCGUCGAAGAGGUGGCUCCGCCAGUGUCGCCUACUGCGCUCGAUGGCUCACGAAAACGGACACGAGAAGAGUGCGAAGCGAUGCUGAGAGCCAAGCAGGCCCCCCAACUGAACGAUGCAGAGCUUGUCGACCUUGCUGUCCGCGGAAAGAUACCUGGCUACGCUCUGGAAAAGACUCUCGAGGACAAGACCCGAGCGGUCAAGAUCCGAAGAUCACUCAUCUCACGCACACCUGCCACUGCUGAUCUCACCGCGAAGUUGGAGCGCUCAUUAUUGCCUUAUGAAAACUUCGACUAUGACCGGGUGCAUGGAGCGUGCUGUGAGAAUGUGGUCGGAUAUAUGCCUCUACCUCUUGGUGUCGCUGGACCUAUGACCAUCGAUGGCAAAAGCUACUUCCUCCCCAUGGCCACCACCGAAGGAGUGCUCGUGGCGAGUACCAGCAGAGGUGCCAAGGCCAUCAAUGCUGGUGGUGGCUGCAUCACUGUUCUGACCGGAGAUGGCAUGACUCGUGGACCCUGUAUCGGCUUCGAGACACUCACCCGAGCAGCAGCAGCCAAAGUCUGGCUCGACAGUGCAGAUGGUCAGAAAGUGAUGAAGGAUGCUUUCAAUUCGACUUCUCGAUUCGCUCGACUCCAAUCGCUCAAGACGUCCAUCGCUGGCACAUAUGUCUACGUUCGUUUCAAGACUACCACGGGAGACGCCAUGGGCAUGAACAUGAUUUCGAAAGGCGUGGAAAAGGCACUCGGCGUCAUGUCUACCGAAGCGGGCUUCAGCGAUAUGGCCAUUAUAUCCGUUUCGGGAAACUUUUGUACCGACAAGAAACCUGCUGCUAUCAACUGGAUUGAUGGAAGAGGCAAAUCUGUCGUUGCCGAGGCCAUCAUCCCCGGCGAUGUGGUACGAGAUGUCCUCAAAUCGAACGUUGAUGCCUUGGUGGAGUUGAAUAUUUCCAAGAACUUGAUUGGCUCUGCCAUGGCUGGUAGCAUUGGCGGAUUUAAUGCCCACGCUGCGAAUAUCGUCACGGCGAUUUUCUUGGCCACGGGUCAGGAUCCGGCACAGAAUGUGGAGAGCAGUAAUUGUAUUACUGUCAUGAAGAAUCUCCACGGCAACCUCCAAAUCACCGUCUCCAUGCCCUCGAUCGAAGUCGGCACAAUAGGAGGCGGCACAGUCCUCGAACCCCAAGCCGCCAUGCUUGACUUGUUAGGCGUCAGAGGCGCUCACCCCACCACACCCGGAGCAAAUUCGCAACAAUUGGCGAGGAUCAUCGCUGCAGGUGUAUUGGCCGGUGAAUUGAGUUUAUGUUCAGCUCUUGCUGCCGGGCAUUUGGUAAAGGCACACAUGGCCCAUAACCGGUCGGCGGCCCCGUCACUGGCUCCCACGAGGUCGUCCAGCCCAUCGAGAGGGACAUCUUGGCCCUUGUCGAUGACGACGACUCGAGCGAGAUGAGAUGGGCGAUGGUUUGGGGAGGGUGAGGGUAAAGAACUGUAAUAGAAAUCCCGAAUUUUUAGACGGUUAGAGCAUUUCGUUAUGUUAUGUACGCUGCGAGGCGACUA